AUGGCGACUCCUGAUGAAAUUAUAGACAAAUUGGCACAACUCACUAUUCAAGCUCACAACAUUAGCGCUGAAACUUUGGUACGCAGUCUGGAUGAUCAGAUGAGACAGUUUUGGAACCUGGAAACAACUGGCAUUAAAAUUAUGCAAGAUAAAAAGAUGACCAUUCGUAAUUCUGAAGUUUUAAGUGAUUUUCACAAUUCAUUUUGCAGAGUUGAUGACCGUCGUGUUGUAAAGUUGCCAUGGAUACCAGAGUUGAUUCUUUCAUUUAAUAAUUACAAAAUAGCGCUCGAGCGAUUUCAAAUACUCCGUAACAAAUUCUUCAUUCAUCCAGACUUAAAAGAUAUAUACACAGAGCAGAUGCAAAAUUAUAUCGAUAAUCAAUUUGUUGAACUUGCCCAUAAUAGUCAUUGCAACGAAUCAAAACUAUUUUACCUGCAUCAUUAUAUAGUGAAAAAACGAAAGGAUAACAAAAAUAAAUGGCGAAUUCUAUCUGACGCUUCUUCUCAUACACCAGGGCAUCCUUCCUUAAAUGAUGCUCUUGAACAGGGUCCUAAUUUGCUUCCAGACAUAUUUACAACACUGUUACGAUUUCGACUUCACAAAUUCGCAGUCACGAGCAACUGA